ACGUCUUUCGUUUGCACUGCCAACUGAGGUUCCCUUGCUGCCCCUCGUUUCCUGAAUUUUCUCGUAUUCUGCCCUCCUCAUAGCUGUAGAUUGGCACUUACAAGGAAUGGCAACAAAAGCUAGCUCAUCACGGAGGAAUCUUCAUGCAGAGGCCGUUCUCGGUCCGGAGUUAUCAGCGCGUCUUCCUGAGACGAAAGUCCUUCUAGUUGGUGCUGGAGGUAUUGGGUGCGAACUAUUAAAGAAUGUCGUCCUCGCUGGCUUCGGCAAUAUCACAUUACUCGACCUGGAUACGAUAGACUUGUCCAAUCUAAAUAGGCAAUUUCUCUUCCGCAAGAAGGACGUGAAGCAGAGUAAAGCUCUGGUUGCCGCAAAGACUGCUUCUGCAUUCAACCCAAAUGUCCGUAUUACACCUAUACAUGGCAACAUCAAGGAGCCACAGUUCGACAUCUCUUGGUUCCGAGGCUUUGAUAUAGUGCUCAAUGCACUAGAUAAUCUGGAUGCUCGUAGACAUGUCAACAAGAUGUGUCUAGCAGCCAACGUUCCGCUGGUAGAAUCCGGAACAGCUGGCUACCUCGGCCAAAUACAACCAAUAGUCAAAGAUAGGACUGAAUGUUUUGACUGUGUCCCGAAGCCAACAACCAAGACGUUUCCCGUUUGCACCAUUCGGUCCACACCAUCCCAACCGAUACAUUGUAUUGUGUGGGCAAAGAGCUACCUACUUCCACAACUAUUUGGGGAAGAGGAAGACGCUGGAGGUGAACUGGACGAGGCCGAGAAGCAAGGCGAGAAUGCAAAGGAGAUUGCCACUCUCAGAAAGGAAGCCCAGGCGUUCACAACUGUUCGCUCAGCACUUCGUACGCAGUCCAAGUCGGAGAGCUCAAAUGCCGCAAGACUGGCCUUCGAGAAGGUUUUCCAUGGCGACAUCCUCAAUCUCUUAUCAAUGGCGGAUAUGUGGCGUUCUCGUGCUCCGCCUACACCUCUUCAAUUUGAUGCCAUUCGGCAGGACACGUUCAAGCUUGAGAAAAAUGGUUCGCUGUCACCUUCAACGAAUGGCAACUCGCAACCGAAUAGUUCGAUACCAAACGGCUCUGCGAUUCCUGCAAGCGGAAGUGCUGUCACUGAGAAACUCUUGAACGGUUCACAUCACGUCAUAGUUUCAAAACUUGGGCUGAAGGAUCAGCGUGCUCUGACUCUGCAGGAUAGUCUAGAGCUGUUCGUGUCAAGUACGAAUAAGCUGGCCUCUCGUCUGCAGGCUGGCGAAGAUACUAUAUCUUUCGACAAAGACGACGACGACACCUUAGACUUUGUCACUGCUGCGUCCAAUCUCCGCUCAGCCGCAUAUAGCAUCCCUGGCAAGACACGUUGGGAAGUCAAGGAAAUGGCUGGAAAUAUUAUUCCAGCUAUUGCGACUACCAAUGCCAUCAUCUCCGGCCUCAUUGUUUUGCAAGCCUUCCACCUCCUUCGCAAAGCAUACAACUCAUUACACAACGUCCACGUGCAGUUUAAACCUAGCAUGCCUCUAAGUAGUAUCAGCAUGAGUCCUCCCAAUGCUCAGUGCGGUGUUUGUAGGGACACGUACACAGAGCUGCCGUGCGAUCCAUCUCGAGUUACUCUUGGGGAGGUCGUGAGCGGCAUUCUAGGUGAGAACACUAGGGAUGUCAGUGUGUACGAGGAAAAGCGUGUCCUUAGCGACCCUGACUGGGAUGACAACUUGGAAAGGACCCUGGAAAGCCUCAAUGUUACCAAGGGAAAGUUCCUGUCCAUCGUCGACGACGACGGCGAAUACGAGACAGUACAGGUCGGCAUUAGCGCACUCCCGCCAAACCAUCCAAUUGACAAACCUGCCUUCAUUCUCCCCGAUCCUCUUCCAUCUCCACCUAAGAAGGUCAAACCCGCUCCUGCCGCGCCAUCAACACCUCCCCCUGCACCUGUUUCGUCCAAGAAACGGCCGGCGCCUGAUGAUGAGGGUGUUCCUUCUGCAAAGAGGCUACGGACAACAGCUACGGCGCCAGCACCGUUUACUCCGAGCAAGAAGAAGCGACUGGAGGAUGACGGGCUGAUCCUUUUGGAAACGCCUGACGAAGCCAUAGAUGACGAUGCAGUUAUAGUCAUUGAUUGAUCCUUGGUAGACUCUAUCCUGUUUCCUUGUACCCUCCGUCUGAUUGCUUUAGUUUAUUCAUUCUUAUGUUGCAGUAAUUUACGGGACUCACGCUAUAUUAUUCGCACUCUCCUGGGCGACACCUAUGCCUCCGGCGUCUUUGCUUUCCAAAAUGUCAAGUCUGCUUCUCAUACUCAAUAUUCAAUGGUUAAUCCUGUCAGCGAGUCGACAGUAUUGCGAAAUAUUCUGUUCUGCUAGAAGCCUCUAAAAAUACGACUCUCGAACUAGUGCCGCCGAAGGCGUCUUCCUCCAUUUUUGAUCACACACACCAAAUUAGGCUUAACAAUAAGCUUCACUAGCGAACCGGGCCAGAUGGCGUGGCCAACGUUGUUUUGAUGCACAUGAUGUAUUCUCUUUUGUUUAGGGGCAGAAGACGUCAGCAAAGAAGCGAAAUAUGGAACCUCUGUCAAAGCUGCCUUUUGUCUAUGGAGCAUACAUAUACUAAGACCUCUCGCCCACAUCUGCUCCUCUCGCCACGACCCAGCUGGACCCUGGUAAUCUGUCGUUGCUCAGUCUCUCCGCUCUCGGUGCCCCUGCUGUCUCGUUGUGCUGUGCUUAUCCUUAGUUUCUGACUUACUUAUUCAGUGCUAUGUCUGAAAUGCCACGCUCUGUUAUU